AUGUCUCGUCGGCCUACGGACCCAUGCAUAAAAAGUAAUUCGUUGGUGCGUGUAUCAAAAUCUUGGCAUAUUGGACAUGAAGUCAAACCAAGCAGUAUUCGUAUUGUGUACGAUGAUCGGUUGGGGUCGAUGCUUGAUGCACAAUCGUAUUGGGACUCCUCUCCUGGCAUAUGGAACGCUCAAGACGAGAGAGCUUCUUCCUUGAUUAGACAUGUCUCCGGUCGUGCAUUCAUCGAUCAAACAGCGGCAUUAUUAUUAUUCCAGGCAUCUCCUGAUCAUGCAUCUACUCACUCUUGGCACGGAUUUUCUUUUCCAUGCCCCGACUUGGCGAGCACAGCCUUUUUCAAGCUUGGCAGGAAAGGCAAGCUUAUUGGCAUGGUAUGGCAUCCUCGCCGACUUGAUAUGUCUUACAUACAUGAUGAGAGGAGGCAUGCAAGUCAUGUUGGCGAUUUGAUUGGCUUGGCGCUACAUAUAUCUGCCAAGAAAGAUAUCUUGGGUCAAAUUGAUUCUGCUCUUGGCAUGUAUUAUUGUCGACUCGACCAACUCCUCCGCGAUUCUUGGCACAGAGUGCUCGAAGUGAUGAGGACGCGACGCCAAGCGUACCACGUCACACGUUUACGGACAAAAGCCAAAAUAAACAAUGCCGUGUUUCUUGGCCGUAGAACGGACCGUAUUCGUUUUGAGUGGCAAAGUAUCAAGGCAAAGGCAAAGGCAAAGCAAAGGAGAAGUGGCUCGACACUGCUUCCGGGGCCGGUGGCUAGGUUCGGCUGUACAACGCUCGGCUCUUACCAACUGCCGACAUGCUCCGUCCUGCACGAUGAACGACUAAAUAAUCUCUCGCAGCAGAUGUUAAUAAGUCUGACGAGCAUGCAUAGAAACCGAUUAUGCUCGCUCUCCGAUUAUCCAAUCCUCUCGUAG